AUGUCGGUCACAGCAGGAGUGAGUGAUGCUGCAAUUGCUACAAGGGAAAAGCUACGAGGUGGGAUUGGACAGACUAGAGUGAGAAGAUAUUGGCCUGGAAAAGCACCCGAGUGGGCCGAGGAAGGCGAACAAGAUGAGGAUGUUAGGAUGCAGAAAGUUGAUGUAUUGGAUAGAGCUUUCCCAAAGCAUGAUGAUUUAGGGGUUCCUAGGAAAGAUGAUCCGAGGCUGCGACGUCUAGCUCAGACUAGAAUCGAAAACCGUGAAGAAGUUAGAGCGGAUCAUCGACGGAUUAGACAGGCUGAGAUUAUAUCGACUGAAGAAGAAGAGUUGAGGAAUCAGGAGAGUAGAGACGAGGAAGAAGAUGAAGAUUCUUUGGAAGAAAGAAGAAGAAGGAUUAGAGAGAAGAAUCUUAAAAGAGCACAAGAGGAGGCUGCUUUACUUCCUGUAGAAGAAGAAGAAGAGCUAGAAGAUGAAGAAGAGGAUGAGGAGGAGGAGUCUGAGUACGAGACUGAUUCGGAAGAGGAUAUGCCCGGUAUUACCAUGAUCAAGCCUGUUUUUGUACCAAAAGCUGAGAGAGAUACGGUAGCAGAGCGUGAGCGGCUUGAGGCUGAAGAACUAGCUCUCGAGGAGUUAGCAAAGAGGAAACUGGAGAUGAGAAAAAUAGAGACAAAGCAAUUAGUCGUUGAGGAAGUUAGGAAAGAUGAAGAGAUACGGAAGAACAUACUAUUGGAAGAAGCAAAUAUUGGAGAUGUGGAAACUGAUGACGAAAUCAAUGAAGCUGAAGAGUACGAAGUUUGGAAGACGAGAGAGAUCGCUAGGAUCAAGAGAGAAAGAGAUGCAAAGGAAGCUAUGUUGAGAGAGAGGGAAGAAAUAGAGAAGUUGAGGAACAUGACAGAGCAGGAGAGGAGGGAUUGGGAGAGGAAGAAUCCGAAACCUUCAUCAACUCAACCGAAAAAGAAAUGGAAUUUCAUGCAAAAAUACUACCACAAGGGUGCCUUCUUCCAGGCAGAUCCGGAUGAUGAGGCAGGAUCCGUUGGAACCGAUGGUAUAUUUCAGCGUGACUUCUCGGCUCCAACUGGAGAAGAUAGGUUGGACAAAUCGAUUCUGCCCAAAGUCAUGCAAGUCAAGCACUUUGGUCGCAGUGGAAGAACUAAAUGGACUCAUCUUGUCAAUGAAGAUACAACCGAUUGGAGUAACCCGUGGACUUCCAAUGAUCCUCUACGCGAAAAAUACAACAAGAAAAUGGCAGGCAUGGAUGCUCCUAUUGCAAAACCAAAGGGGAGCAAGAAGAUGAAAGAUUGGGAGACCUAA